UCGAGAGAUGCAGUUCGUGGAUUCAUCAGUUUCGCUUCUCGCCACUUGCGGCGGUGACACCGUCAAGCUCUUCGACGUCACGGUGGAUGCCGGCGAUCCCUGCACCCUCAGCUACACGCCUUCCCCCGGAUCUCAAAUCAACUCCGUCAAGUGGAACCACACCAACCUAGUGGUUGCUAGUGCUGGUGACGAUAAAAAGAUAUCACUUUGGAAUAAAAAUGGCCAAAGUAUGGGAUCCUUUCCUUCUCACGGCAGCGACCUUGCUGAUGACAUUGAGGUAGCUCAUUGUUUGCUCAUUAAUUUGUUCUAUUGUGAUCAAUACAUCCUUUCAACCACUGUUAAUGAUUAUUCUAGAGUGACCUGCGUGUCUCUGGUUUACAUCUCUGAUUCAAUUCAAUAA